AUGAGGACAGGCACUGAAUCAUGUAACAAUCUUUUACUUUUUAUUUGGCCUGGCGCUCAGUUUGCUGUUGUUAAUACUUGGGGCGUUCUUAAAAGGGCUGCCUUUGAUACAACCACAACCUGUGGACUUAUUCUUAAAGUUUGCGGAGCAUCAGUUCACGGAAUCCUCAAUCCGAAUAUAAGGCAAAACGCGCUUUCUUCGCUGAUACAUUGGCACAGUCUCGCGCGUCAAUGUGCGGAUUUUUUCCGAUGCAAGAAAUUUGUCGCUGUCGGCGCAUUGAUACCUUACUUCUCCGUCGACCUUCUAACGCCUCGAGUUGCGGCCAUUCUUUCAGACAUUUUCACGAGAGACGUGCGACUAUUGGUGCCAGGAGCCGGAUUCGCCGGCACUACUCCAGAUGGUGGCUUCGGUGUUCGCAUACCUCUACCCUAUCCUCUCUUCUCUGACUUUCCCACCGUCUAG